AACCAAAUACUGAGAAGUCACUAAAACCAAGUCAAGAUGGCGGAAUGGGAUCUCACGUCCCGCAUGGGCCAGUAUCUUGACAGACAUUUAGUCUUUCCUCUGCUGGAAUUCUUGUCUGUGAAAGGGAUCUAUGAUGAACAUGAGCUGUUGAAGGGGAAGUUGGACCUGCUCAGUAACACCAACAUGGUGGACUUUGCCAUGGAUGUGUGGAAGAGCCUGUAUCCUGACCAGGAUGUGCCAGACAGUCUGGUCCAGAAGCGUCAGGAGGUUGUUGGUCAGCUGAAGUUCCUCCAGGCAGAGUGUGAACCCAUCGUCAAGAUCUUUGAAGACCCGGAGGUGGCACGACAGAUCCAGUCCACAAGGGAUGGCAGACAACUCUUUGACUACUUGGCAAGAAACCAUGGGUUUGAAUCCAAGAUGGUGGAUACCCUGUAUGACUACGCCAAGUUCCAGUACGAGUGUGGUAACUACUCUGGAGCUGCUGAGUACCUGUACUUCCACAGGGUGCUGGUCCCCAGUGAUGACAAGAAUGCCAUGAACUCCCUGUGGGGAAAGCUGGCCUCUGAGAUCCUGAUGCAGAACUGGGACCCUGCCAUGGAGGAUCUCAACAGGCUCAAGGAUGUCAUCGAUGGCAGCACGUUCACCAAUCAGCUGCAGGUCCUCCAGCAGAGAACAUGGCUUAUCCACUGGUCUCUCUUCGUGUUCUUCAACCAUCCCAAGGGCAGGGACAUGAUCAUUGAUCUAUUCCUGUACCAGCCAUCGUACCUGAAUGCUAUCCAGACCAUGUGUCCCCACAUCCUCCGUUACCUGACAACUGCAGUCAUCUGCAACAAGCGCAGACGAACUGUUCUCAAGGACCUGGUCAAGGUCAUACAGCAGGAAUCCUACACGUACCAAGACCCCAUCACAGAGUUUCUGGAGUGCCUGUAUGUCAACUUUGACUUUGACGGAGCCCAGAAGAAGCUGAGGGAAUGUGAAACAGUUCUAGUGAAUGAUUUCUUCCUGGUAGCCUGUCUGGAGGAAUUUAUAGAGAACGCACGACUUUUCAUCUUCGAGACUUUCUGCCGUAUACAUCAGUGCAUCAGUAUCAGUAUGCUUGCUGAGAAGCUGAACAUGACACCGGACGAAGCUGAGCGCUGGAUUGUCAACCUGAUCCGUAACGCACGUCUGGAUGCUAAAAUAGACUCCAAACUGGGCCAUGUAGUGAUGGGCACACAGGCCGUCUCCCCAUACCAGCAGGUGAUUGAGAAGACCAAGGGCCUGGCCUUCCGCAGUCAGAUGUUACUACACAACCUGGAUAAGAGGAAGGGCAAGGAGGACCAAGACAGCGUGCCUCACUGGGGAGCCCAGGAUGUUGGUUUUUAGAACGAAAUCACAGAUCAGGAUGUCACAGGAGUCAGAACUUGUGUUUGGAGUUUUUCUUUGGGUUAAAAUAUCUUUGCAAAAUGCCUCACAGUAAAAUCUCACCUUAACCCAUCAUAUGAUGAAAAUAUGAAAUAAAUCAGUGUCAAUAAAUUCAUUGGAAUAU